AUGGAAACCAAUAUGAAUAAACAAACAAUUUUAAUUGUGGGGGCUGGUAUAGGUGGACUUUGUGUUUAUCAGUCAAUUCGAAAGCACCUUGGUCAGAAAUUUAAUGUAAAGAUAUUCGAUCGUGAGACUGGUCCUCGAGACCGAUGGCAAGGAUACAACAUUUACAUUAAUAGAAAAGGUGUUACUUCUUUAUUCUAUUGCAGUCCGCCUGAAGUUCAAGCUCGCUUUCAUGAAGCCAUGCCUGAUCCAGCUCCUGAAGAACAUCAUACUAUAUCAAUUAUUGAUCAUGUUGGAAGACAAUUAAUUUGUAUACAACAACAAAAAUAUGAGAGUAUUUAUGAAUUAAAGUCUCUUAAACAUGAUUUUGCUGGUAUAAUUACAUAUCGUAACAAAUUACGCGAUGUUUUAUUGGAAGGUGUUGAUAUCCAAUGGGGCAAAAAAUGUGUUGGAUAUGAAGAAAGUGAUGAUGGUGUUUGGGGCUCUGUUUGA